AUGUAUUCGAUAGCUAAACGCCUCCAUUUACUUAUUCCCACUGGGCGGUUCUUCAAGAUUUUUAAAAUGUCUCCGUCAUUAUCAAUAGAAAACAAGCUGAGCACUAUGUGGACGCCUGAGAAGGUAGUUCCUGAAAAUAUUCAGAAGUUGUUGAUACCAGGCUCAUCAGGUAAGAAAAUCAACUAUAUUUUGGCUUUCAUUCAGAUACUUCAGUUGCUUAAGACACAGAGGAGGACGGGAUGGGUUGACAGAGGAAUACCCUCUGAGAAAGUGGAGAGUAUAAGUGACCACAUGUACAGAAUGUCGAUUAUAUCGAUGGCCAUUCCUAGGCAAGAUAUUAAUUUAGAUAAAUGUGUCAAAAUUGCGGUAGUACAUGACAUUGCUGAGUCACUUGUAGGUGAUAUUACUCCGUUUGGUGGCGUUACUAAAGCGGAAAAACACAGAAGAGAACUUGCAACCAUUCAUUAUUUGGCAUCCUUGAUUGAACCUUAUAAUAGUCAUUUCUCUAAAGAAAUUGUCGAUUUAUGGCUAGAUUACGAGGAAAUAAGAUGCGUCGAAGCUCGCUAUGUUAAGGAUAUCGAUAAGUUUGAAAUGAUCCAGCAAGCUUGGGAUUACGAGCAAGUUUACGGAACAAAGUACGAUUUACUGGAAUUCUAUCUCUCAAGGUCUAGUAUUGUCACAAAAGAGGUUGGUGAGCUAUGUGAUGAGGUUAUAAGACAAAGAGAAGAAGCCCUUGGACCUAUCUCAAAGUCCGAAAAUUCAUCAUAG